AUGAAGGGCUGCGUUGUCACCUUAUUUCUCCUCUCUGUCCUACUUGCCAUCUCAGAAGUGAGGAGCGAGGAGUCCAUGAAGCUCUGUGGGCUGGAGUACGUAAGAACGGUCAUCUACAUCUGUGCCAGCUCCAGGUGGAGACGGCAACUGGAGGGGCUCCCUCAGGUCCAGCAAGCUGAGACAGGAAACUACCUCCAGCUCCCGAGUGAACUCGAGGUCUCCGAGGAAAGCAGAGCACAAAACCUCCCGAAGGUGGACUCCUCAGGGGAGGAAAGCCUUCAGGGUGGACAGCUGGCCACUGAAGGGCUUUGGGGGUCAAAGAAGCGUUCAGUGAUGUCCAGACGAGACCUGCAAACGGUGUGCUGCAUGGACGGCUGUUCCAUGACGGAGCUGAGCGCUCUUUGCUAAGACGAGCGAAUCCCCAGUGGCACACGUUGAAUCACAGCGUUUACUACCCAGUACAACACUUACAUCGUGUCAUUACAAUAAUGGCUUUGGGGUAGGCAAUCUUUCUUUCCUAAAAGUUGUGGAAGAAUGGCUAAAACCACAAUGAAGUCUGUUUUCUCCCUUUGCCAAGGUGAAUGCACUGUUCUUUUCAAAUUUUAACUAAUUCUUUGAAAUUUCAAAUGCUCUGCAAAAUUGCAAUAAA